UGCUAACAGUGGAAGCAACGCAAGAAGUGGCAUGGUCUCUCUCUGAACGUGUUUCAUGUGCGAGGAACUGCUGGGCCUGUGGGGAGAGAAGGUAUAGAAGACAGUGGUGUGCUGCACCUGCUGGUCUAAGAAGUCCGCUAACAGACUGAGUGCUGAACCUGUUGGUCCAGAAGGUGCAUCGCCUCUCUCUGAGUGUGUUUCAUGUGCGAGGAACUGUUGGACCUGUGGGAAGAGAGAGUAUAGGCAGUGGUGUGCUGAAAUUGCUGGAAGAGAAGAGUAUAGCCAGAGGGGUGCUGGACCUGCUGGAAGAGAAAGGAUAGACAGUAAAGUGCUGCUGGACCUGCUGGAACGAGAAAGAAUAGACAGUAGAGUCAGUAGACUGAUAGAGAGACAGUAAAGUGCUGCUGGACCUGCUGGAACGAGAAAGAAUAGACAGUAGAGUCAGUAGACUGAUAGAGUAUCGGGCCUGCUGGAAGAGGAAGUAUAGACAGAGGAGUGCUGAACCUGCUGGUCUGAGAACUGGGCUAACAGAAAAAAAAAGAAAAAAGAAAAAAAAGAAAAAAGAAAAAAAAAGAAAAAAGACAAAAAAAGAAGCGGCAUUAUGUUUCUGUGAGUCUGUUUCAUGUCUUGGGUGGGCACGUAUAUACACGCAGAUACAAGUACACUGCAUAGAGACAGGUCCACGGCACAGAUACAGAUACAGAUGCACAGACAGGUACACAGCACAGGUACACACAGAGAUACAGGUACACAGUGCAGCUGCACUUGCAGAGGACGGCAUUGGCUCCCUUCGGUAGUGGAAUUGGGAGAAGGCUGGGGCCAAGUGGAUGAGCAAACAUGGAAAAAGACGGGGAUGGUAAGCCCCUUGGAGCCUCACCCAUGGGACUUAGUCAAUUGCCUGAUUCAGCACCCAUGGAUUCGGAUUCCCAUGAAGAAGAGGACUGGGACUUCUGGCAUCUCCACCUUGAUAGCCCACACGAGGAUGAAUCGCAUGCCAUUACGUAUCACCGGAAAAUCUUGCAGUCCAUGCUGGACAUCCUCAUCUCAGAAGCCCGGUUCGAGGAGGCCAUAGGAGUUGUCGCCGCGUUGUUGACGAUGGGACCGUCUGCUCGCGAACUGGACAAAGAGACUGCGCGGGGGUCGAUGAAGUGGAGCGAGUGCCUCAAGUAUGCACAAGUGUUCACCAGCCUCCAAGGAGACAGCCAAGUCUCGACUGACGUCAUCUAUCGGUUUUAUCGCAGGAUUAUCCAUUUGCAGAGCCUGCAGGAGUGGAAAUGCAAAUUGGAAAUGAAGCUGGCAGCCUUCCUCCUCUCCAGGAAGAGCUACCAGAGGGCCUAUGAUGUGGUCAGACAGGUGAUCAGGGUGGGAAACUUCCGCCAGGACCCGGAGGUUCAUGCUCUUUGCGGGCUGGCUCUUCAUGGUUUAUGGAAAGAGGGUAUGGUGGCAGAGUUGCGGGCGGCAGGGUUUUCGGUUAGCGAAUCGGGUUCGUUGUUGCUCGAUGACAACAUGGGUGAUGAUCGCAGCAGAGAUGGUUACGGCCAUGACGAGGAGGAUGAUCAGCAUGCGCUUCCUGAUGGCGACAACCCUGAGGAUUAUGAUGGCUGCACUGAGGUUGCGAGUGAUGGGUGGGAGGAGUUCGGUCGUCGGACCAGUGAAGAGGAAGAUCGACGUUUGAGAAAUGCACCAAGCUGUCUGCAUGCCAAAGCUGGUGCUAAGGAUGGUGGCGGUGACGUGGAGAGUGCGGAAGUACUGAAUGAUGAGGACAUGGAGGACCUUUCAUCAAAUGCGAUGUCGCACCUCAGCGACUCGGAAGCUGUGAGUGGCCGGGGCGCCAUGGACAUUGACCCUCCCCAUGCUGCCGCGGCAGAGGUGAGUUCAAGAGCUCGAGGGGGAGGGGGAGGGGGAGGGGGAGGGGGAGAGGAAAACACAGUGGCAGGUGGUGCUUCUGAUCCUGGAUCUGGUGGUCCCGGUCUUCGUGCAGAGGACUAUCUGGUGCCGCCAAAGAGUUUGAAGAAGACAAGAAUGAGAGGCCAAAAGAAAGGACGAUCAGUGAGAGGAGGUGGGGAUAGGAAGAAAAAGAACAGGAGUGCGUGGGAUGAUGGCAAUGGCGAUUCAUGCAAUGAUAGUGCCGAUGGAUAUGGCAGAGUUGGGGAUCUUAAGGGAGAGACCCAGGGGGUUUGGGAGGACUGGGAUGACGACGAAGAUGACGAGGAAGACAACGAAGAUGCAGUAAAAGGCGAUAUUGGUGUUGAGGUUUGGAUGAAAGGUGCUACAACCCUUUGCGUUUGUGAAAGGACACAACGCUUGUUUCCCUUUGCGCCCGACAAGCACAGAAGAAGGCUUGUGGCGUAUAAACUCCCCAUUCUGAGUGAGAAGACGCAUCGGCUCUUCACUAACGCGGUUCGGCAUCUUAAACGGGUGGUGUCAUUGGAUCCCGACUCGAUCUCUGCUCUAUCUGCUCUUGUGGAGCUGCGAGUUGCAUCAGGGAAAACACUGAGGUGUCUGAAAGAAGUCGAGACUUGCUGCCGAAAGUCGAAGACAAUACAGCCCUUUGGUCUGUACGCAGCGAUCUUGGAAGCGAUCCAUCCCAAGGAUGGACAAGCAUUGGGCAGGUGCUAUGAAGAAUGGCUCCUCAGAGACCCCUUGGAGCCUAAAGCAGUGAGCUGGCUGUGCGACACGUGGGAAUCUGGGAACCUCACACUGCUUCAUGCGCUGCUCCUGUUUGCCUGCCAUCUGGACCGUUCCCCCGGCGACAAUCGGAUCUGGAUGGCGCUGCUUCGCUGCAUUUCGGAGCUAAAGCAGUUGGUAUUUCAAUGUGAAAAUGAGCGCUUCAGGUUUCUGACAGGGUCUGAGGAGCAGAUCAGACCCAGUGCUCUCAGGGCCACGCGACCUUCAUCUCCUACCUUUGACGGUCAUGGCGGCGUUGCAACUCCAAACUGUCCGAUCGGCGGUCGUCGUGGCGACCAGGGUGGUGGUGCAUCUUGUCAGCCCUGUGAAACCGCUACCGAAUGCGAUCUUUGCAAGGACCUGAGGAGAGCUGUCAGGACUCUGAGAGGUGAGCACCGGACUCUGGUCGAAAGACUCCUUGGCGACGCAACUCAAAGUCAACGAAGAUCCGUCGAUGGUAAGUCUUUGGAUGGGCGUGAUUCCGUAAUGGCCGACGAUCCCAUGCGGGUGGGGGGGACGACGCCUGUGUGUCAUGACAACUGUGCUCGUGCGCUCAGGUUGAUGUUGGGAAUGGCCUUUGUGGAUAGGAUCGACAGCUGGCGGAAGGAACACUUCAUCUUGUAUGAUGAAGAGGUUUCGCAGAUGGAAAAGGAGCUGAAAGGCGACUUGCCGAACUUUGACAAGUUGUCUGCUUUGGUGCCUCGCUCGCUCUGCGCCGCACACAUUCUAGGUGUUCACAACAGUUUCACACUGGCAGCUCUCAAUGGGUUCAUAGCGAUCGAGUACGACGAUUUUGCCGCUGGCAUCUGUGGCGAGCUGGACACGAUGGUUUGGCCGGAGGGCAUUGAAAAACUGAUCAAAGACGCGAAGAUGGAACUAGAGGUAGCAGAGGAAGAUGCUAGGACGAAAGGGCUUCGAACGGGAGUGCCGCGGGACGAAGCGACAGUUCUGCAUCUUCCGGAGGAGGACGACCAUACUUCACGGAAAUGCUUAGCAAGACAGAGAAAUAGGGUUUACAGAGGUUGGAGAUGGAUCGAAGCCCCCCAACAGUCUGACACGCCUGACACCUGACGAGCAGCUAGAAGAACGACCGACUUCUAUUCUUGGACUGGUAAGUCUGACAGAAAUCAUGGUCCUAUGGGAUACUUACUUCCAUCAGAUCUGGGAUGACUUCUCUCUCGCAUACCAGAACUCGGGAGUUAACAGGCAUUUCGUUAAAAUUGACAUUUUUAAAUGUUUUUUUUACUAUUUUCAGUGGAGCGCUGGAGGCCGAUCUGCCCGUUGUACCCCGAGUGUUCGGCGAAAGGGGGAAGGAUUGUUUCGCGUGCUGUCAAUGCUCUACUAUGGAAUUUACCUGAGAAGUCAAAUUUGAACCUGCGCAGUGCCGACGAUUUGCGGGGUGCAAUGAAGAAGGUUAACCAAGAUGUCCAGAAGGAGAGAAGAGGGUAUGUUGCCUGGCAUCAGAGACGGAGCUCCGGGACAAGUCACCUGGAAUUGGUAUGCUGAUUAUGGCACUUGGAUAUAGGGAAUGUGGGUCCUGAGGUCCAUCGAGAUGAGUCCGUUUUGCUCAAGGAUAAGGCUGUGUGGUAUUGGUGAUGGAGGGCAGCAGGCGGAGCGGAAUGGAAGUGUGAGGUAUGAUGAGCCCAAUCCUAUUCUAACUUCAUUAUAGGACGCAAUGAAAGGGGAAACACCAUGGGAAGAAGCUCUCUUUGAUCCAUGGAUUUUUUUUAUUAUCGGGAAACCGCAACGAAGUUGACGUAGAGAACGGGAACAGUUUUCUUUUGUUUGCCAAAUUGCCAAACAUUUUGCAAGAUUUGUCGACCAGUUCUAAAUUUUGAUACGCGCAUUUUAUUUAUCUCAGUUUUUUUUUUUCCUCAUGAAAUCGCAAUUGCGGAUCACGGGAAUGGAACCCAUAUCCCCUGCUUGGACUAUCCGGGGUAUAAGCAAAGUGCUGCCAUUGGAGUGAAUCUGCCAUUGGAGAGAAUUCUCAUGGGAACCCUGACAAUCGAUCAUCGUUAUGGUUGAUCGUUCACUUAAUGAACAAAUCUUGUGCGUGGACCUUCGUGCUUAAAUAUCGCACUGCUAUACCUUGAUCACUGUGUUUUUCUGUAUUUCGGGAAGUGAAGCGGCAACAACGGAGUAAAUCUGCAUGGAGAAG